CGCUUAGCCUGAAGCAUUGUGGGAUUGCAACAUUAGGACGGAAAGUGUAGGGUAGGCUAUCAUGCAAAGAGAAUGAUCACUGUUUAAACCUAAACAAAUAAUUUAUCUAUCAUAUAUCUUAUCGAUUUCUAUUGCUCUUGAAGAUAAUUUUCAAGGUAAUGUGACUUCUAAACUCUUAUUUCUCUUAUCAACGCUCCAAAAGAGGUUAAACAAGGCGGCCAGGAAGUGAACAGCCUUUCUCACACGCGGAUUCUCGAGUCGGUGGCAAAGACAGAGAAACAUGGCUUUUACAGACCCCACAGGCUCAAGUCACACGUUUUUAAAGGAUGCAUCGCUACUGUAUCAAGACAUUUGUCCGGAGCAGUCACGUUUUCUCAUGGGGAGACACCAGAGAAUGAAAGCUCCAGCCAAGUUCCAGCCCAUCCCUGAAGAAGAGCUCUGUCCCUUCUGUUUCCAGUGGCGUCGCCCAGACAACCACCACAUGCGGCUGCAUCCCAAGCGGCAUGCAUCGGUGAGGGUGCAGAGCGUGUUGCGGAGGGAGGGCAAGGGCAAGAGGCUCAGCCUGGCUCAGAUGGACAUCUUACGGAGGUUCAGGGGCUCCUCAUCAGCUCUGGUGGUUACAUGCCACACCUGUAACAGCACGUCCAAGCAUAACGGCAUCAACAGAAACUUCAUAGCCACUCUCUCCAAGAGCCACUGCACCCCCUGGAGCGCAGGCAAACACAAGACUCCCCAGUCCACCAACAGAACCAACGCCAUGGGCAUCCCAAAGUCUGCCUCCAAACACAAGACUCCCCAGUCCACCAACAGAACCAACGCCUCCAAAGACAAGACGCCCUGCAGUACGCCAAGGUCAACCUCUAAGACCCCUGGUUCCUCCUCGGCCUCAAAGCCCGCAGGUGUGAAGAAGUUGGCCUUCUCCCGCCUCAAGAGGUUCCUCAUGCUGGAGGACAACCAAAAGACCAAGACCAAGGGAGGACUCAAAGACUUCCUCUCCUCCCUCUGAAUGACUGACAAACACUGGGCUCCGUUGCAUGGGCCCAAGAGUCAGCCAUGACACUGAACCAGUCUCUCUCUGGCCUGCUUAGAAUGGUCCUGCUGGAAUUCAGAACAACAAGGCUAUAGGGGGGAGGAGUCGGCUGUCAGUCAAUAAGCGCCACAGCGCCACCUGUUGAGAGUAUUAAAGGGGCAUGUUUUUUUUCUUCACAUGCCACCCCCCAACUGCCCCUGAGGUCCCCCUUCCGUAGAGCUGUCCCAACUGGGAAUGGUCCCACAUCACUCAGGAAUUCCACUGUCCCAACUGGGAAUGGUCCCACAUCACUCAGGAAUUCCACUGUCCCAAUUGGAUGGUGGGAUUGGCAUCGGAUGGCAAAGCUCACCCCUCUCUUCCAUGGCAUUUAUGAUGAGACAAGCAAAAUAAAUUGUUUGGAGUUAUAGGACGUUUUGAUUGAGAGGGUGAUUUUUAUUUGUUACAAUCACAUUUAUGAUAAAUAGGACUUAGUUAAUGCUUGAGUUUCAUACUACUUUAUCACUUGGUUGUUGUCCUCUGGUUUACAUUUUUUUCUGGGUUUAUUUUGGGGAACUCCACAGGGCAUGUCUUCUUGAAACUCUCUCUCUUGUUGGAUCACCAGCCAGGUAGGGCUGAUCAUUUGUUACUAUCUUAUGAUCACUGUGCCAAACACAUGUUUGUUUACUGAUGGUUUUGAGAAUCAUAUUUGGGUGAAUCGGACACAUCAACUGUUUAUAAUGAAAUAGGCGAUAGGCCUGAAACUUGUGAUGCGAUUUAACUACAUUUUUUUAAAUUUUACAAUAGUUCUGUUUCUUGUUAUUGAUGGUUUUCAUUUCUUACCUGUUAGUAAGUUCAUAUUCACAAUUACUAUUAGACUGCAUGUUGUAAUGGCUGCUUUGAUCCAACACAAUUUAUAACAGAUUUUCUGUGGUUGUAAUUAAUCCAAUGUGUGGGUCUGUAUCAUUGCAUAUAAUCCUGAAUGACCUCACAUUUAUAUUCCUUCUACACUUUGCUUCUCUGAAAUAAACUUUUUCAAUUGAAAUAUUACUGUGUUGAAUGACAGAACUCAUGAAGAUACAGUGCCUUCUGAAAGUAUUCAGACCCCUUGACAUUUUCCACAUUGUUAGGUUACAGCCUUACUCUAAAAUUGAUACAUUUGUUUUUUCCCCCCUAGUCAAUCUACACACAAUAACCCAUAAUGACAAAGCAAAAACAGGUUGACAUUUUUUGAUGGAGGCCACUGUGUUCUUGGGGACCUUGAAUGCUGCAGAAGUUCUUGGUAACCUUCACCAGAUCUGUUUUUUUGACACUACUGUGGUGGAGGUCUGCGGACAAUUCCUUCGACCUCAUGGCUUGGUUUUAGCUCUGACAUGCACCGUCAACUUUUGGACUUAUAUAGUCAGGUUUGUACUUUUCCAAAUCAUGUCCAAUCAAUUGAAUUUCUCACAAGUGGACUCCAAGUUGUAGAAACAUCUCAAGGAUGAUCAAUGGAAACAGGAUGCACCUGAGCUCAAUUUCGAGUCUCAUAGCAAAGGGUCUAAAAACUUAUGUAAAUAAGGUAUGUUUUUUAUGUUGAAUAAAUAUGCAACGAUUUCUAGAAACCUGUUUUCACUUAUCAUUAUGGGGUAUUGUGUGUAGAUUGCUGAGUUUUUUUCUAAAUAUAUUUUUUGAUCCAUUUUAGUUUCUGAAGGCACUAAGUCGACUGUCAGUGUUGCAAUGUGUUCACAGUGGCAGUUUUCACAAAACAGAAGUCUCUCAUUAAGUGCUAGAAAUAAAAACUUUUUAAAGGGUA